GAUGAGGACACGUUUCGCGAUCUAUGCCUGACGAGAAGCUCUCGCUGUGUUACGUUCCGGCGGAGUUGGUUCCUCCCCUUCUUCGAGGCAGUUUCUCGGCGUGCUGCUCGGGUCCCUCCCUUUCAGUGAAGCGAUUCGCCGCAAUCAGCUCCGGCUCAUGUCAAAAACAAACUCGCCGGAGUGGGGCAGCUCUUCAAUCCGAGAUGGAGUGUCAAAGUGAUAGCGCAGAAACAGGCCGACGGUCGGGUCGGCAUCUGAUCAGCUUGGAGGAUCUGGAUUCGAUGACCGAUAAUAUGGACACGGAGUUGGUUCACAACGACAACGGGGAAGGGGAAGAGGAAAACGAGCAAGAUGAGAGCGAACUCUUUACGUACUGGCGAGACGUCGGCCGUCGUCACCUGGUGGAUGUGCCAAGAGACAUGGAAGAACCAAUCCAACAGAUGGCAAGAAACAAUCAAUCUCAAGAUCGGCAGCCAGUCCCAUUUACACCACUGGGCCAUAAAACAAGGCAACAAGCUGAUGAACCAUUGUAUGAAAAACGUCAAUAUGAGAAAGCCAAUUGGGCUUGUGUAACUCAGAAUGAACCUGGCUAUGAGCAGAGCAUAUGCAAGGGAUUCAUGAAAUUGAUGAAAUACAUUUGUCAACAAAACUCAACAGGACUUUUCCUGGGAAUGACAAUACCUAUUCUCACCAUUGUGCACACCAACCAGAACAGAUCAGAACUCCUGCCUGGAGUAACCAUUGCUUACUACAUCCCCACUCACUUCCAACAUCAGGUUCCGCAGCCCUUUGAUGCUGACAUUGUCAUAGAUGAAUCGCCUGCUCGCAUCAUUUACACAAGAUCUUUUAAUGGCAUCACUAAUGAAGAUUCCAUUUUACAAGAGAUAAAUCGUCUAGCAGAGGAUCUCGACUCUCCUGAGCUGUUCCUGCAGGAUACCUUUAUUGUUGCUGGUUACAACAAUCCUGCUGAUCCAAACCGUCGAAAUGAGAUCUGGUUUAUUCAGCGGCCUUGAGCAAAUAGUUCAUAUCUGGCACAGACCUUGUAUAAUGCUUAUUUUGUGAAAAUGUGUGUGUAACAUGUGAUGGUACAAGCUAAUGCAAAAACAUGCAUCAAUUGAAAUCUGUCACAUGAAUAUAACAAGAUGAUGACGGUUGACAAUUAAAAAUACAGAUUAAUGUAGUAUGAAUUUGCCAUGAAUAGUUAAUCAUCGCACCAUCCAUCCACAUUGUCUAUAACAUGUCUGCAGUUCCCACCUUGGCCUUAAUCAUUUUAUAACUCUUAGAACACAAAUUAAUAUCAUUUUUGAUCUUGAGGUACUAUUCAAGAAAAAGAUGACAGUGAUCAUUCACCUCAACAAUAGCAAUUUCAGUUUCAGUUUAUUGUCACGUGUACAGAGGUACCAUGAAAAGCUUAUCUUGCGUGCUUUAAUGUUAUUAUGAAGCAAUUGUUGUUACACAUGCACAGGGCAGGGUCACUCAAUUCAAAAUUCCCCCAAAAUAAUGAGAUACUGAUUUAUUUCAGCUAGCUCAUUUAAUUUGAGUGGAUAUGAUCAUAAUCGGAACCUUAUUGUUGGUCCAAUGCUUAUCUUAACACUUUACAUCACAGCAGCCAACUUAUUGAGGUGCAAUGCCCAAAAUGAUUUCCAAGACUGCAAAGUAUGUACAUAAUUUGCCUUCACUAUUAAAAAAAAAUCUGAUUUUUAAACAAUAUAAAAUAAUGAAUAAAAGAAGUAUCAAUUAUAUUUAAAAUGCAGCUAUAGGAUAAGGGAAAUGCAUAAGGAAAAAUGCAGGUGGAGCAUAGGAGCAGCCAUGUGGCCCAGAGCCUAGGCCAAGACUCAGAGGAGGAGGAAACGAGCAUUGGAGGUCACUGAAAGAAAUUGCAAACAGAACACUGACAGCUCAGAUCAGAACAGCUUCAAAUCAGUGGAGCUAUGGGAGAGUUGCACUACCCACAGUCGACGUUGUUUAAAGCAAAAUAUUUUUGAGAGAUGGUAAAGCGAGUCAUAAGAAAAAUAAUUCUCAAUUAAAAACUUGGUGUUAUAUGAAUUCCCUCUCCUGGGAUGGCACAAUAGUUAUGUAAGCACUGCAACUGCCCUUACAGCUCAAGCAACCUAGGUUUGCUUCUGAACUCCAAUGUUGUCAGUAUAGAGUUUGCAAGUUCUGCCUGUAUCCUAAUAGAUUUCCAUGGGUGAUCUAGUUUGCUCGCCCAUUCGGGAAAUGUGCUGCCAGAGCGGGUGGAUGCUAAUGGGCAUGUAUGAGAGAAUAGAUUGCAUAGAAGCAAUUUGAAGAACGGAUCAACCCUGGAUCAAUGGAUCAACCCUGCCCACGCCCCAAAUCCUUUCAAGUCAGAAGAUAAAACAUCAAUAACACUUUUCACUAUAGCUGGAAAAUAACAGAUUGCACCUAUUUACCUAUAAUUAACCUCAUGUUGGUGGAUGGUAAAUUAUAGAAACAUUUAAAGGAGUACAAUGUGGUAGUAACAUUUACUUGUCAACCUACAUCUCCUGCACUACAAUUGAGCUUUUUUUUAAAAAAUCAUCUUUCAUAUUGGAUAGACCAAACAGCAUUAAGUAUCAAAUGAGAAACUGCGAAAUCAGCAUUUGCCUCAGAGCCAGAACAGAUUCUCCUCAUUCUGGAUGCUUUGCCUAUCUUAUCCUAUUUAAACCAUAUUAUGCAGAAUUUGUAUGGAGAUUAAUGUUUAGUUGUUUACUAAAGUUUCCAAACCAAACAAUAGAUAGUGGUAAAUUGGCCAAACCUUAGUUCAUAUUUAUGAAUUAAAUAUAGCUAAUGAGAAAGCAUUCACUUUGGUGGAACAGAUGCAAAAACAAAAAACAACUUAUUCUUUCACUCUGAACCUCACUCUCAUGCGCAAUGCUGAUGAAAACAAAAUAGUUCCUCAAAUGUUAACAUUGAUGAAUUACAUUUUUGUAAAGAUAAAACAAACUGUCUAAAUAAAAAUAUCUUUUGAAAUU